AUGGCGGACGCAGAGCAGACAAUCAACCUCAAGGUCCUUUCGCCUUCAGCGGAACUAGAGGGCGGCAUCACCCUCGCGGGCCUACCCGCUUCUAUCACGGUCAAAGAGCUCCGCAGUCGCAUACACGAUGCUGUGCCCUCCAAGCCUGCCCCCGAGCGCAUGCGCCUCAUAUACAGAGGCCGAGUGGUAGCGAAUGAUGCAGACACUCUGACUACCGUGUUUGGCGCUGACAAUAUACGUGAGAACAAGAACCAAAGCCUUCACCUCGUCAUACGAGAGCUGCCUCCAACUGCAUCUUCGCCUGUCCCGCAAUCGUCUUCUGUCCCACCAAACCUCUUCCGCUCUGCUGGUCCAGAUGGCCCAGCCGCGAGCCCUCUGCAGACGAAUCCAUUUCGGGCUAUACCACAGACACGACCGGCUUCACAACCUCAAAUACCCCAGUCGCACCUUCCGCCUCAUCGCCUUCCGGGACAAGUGAACCCCAUUCCCAUACCAUUACCCGCACAACUCCAUCAAACGUUUGCUCAAGCAAUGGCACACCAAGGACAACAGGGUGAUGAACAGCCCUCAGAUCGAACUAGCGAGCAGCCAGAUCAAGGUACACCGGCAGCGGGGGAUAGGACGCAUACACCAAUCCCUUCAGGACCGUCGAACCCUCCUGGAAAUGGCGACCAGGCGAUCAGGCGAGAAGGUGUUGCGCCUAAUGGAGCACGAUGGACAGUUACGGCCUUCAAUCCACUUAACAUAGCUGCGCGACUCCCGCCGCCUGUCGUCACAUUCCCUGUCCCGCAUGCACUAGCUUUCGGUCGUCCGCCGCUUUCUAGCGACAACCAGCGGUUAUUGCCUCGUGUGCACAGGAUCUUCUUGGAGACAAAACGGGAGAUUGAUAACAUUCGAGCAUUGUUGCAACUGCCUGGUGCAUCUGAUGCACAGAGUGGAGGGCUCCUCACCUCAGAUAUACCUGCCUCGUUGAAUAUCCCUGUAUGGCGAAUCGAGCGACUACGUCAGCACCUGAACACAGUCAAUCAAAAUCUGGAUGUCGUUGACCGGGCUCUGGCGUUGCUUCCUACAGAGCCUGAAGUGACGGCGCUCAGGCGCUCAGCUACCGAGUUGAGGGUUGAUGCUGCGGAAUUGAGUAUUGUGCUCGAUCGUCAACAGGGCGAAACGGCCAGGGCUACUUCGGAUACAGCACCAGGGGUGCCCACCAUAGCUGCGGCAUCAUCAACUACAUCCCAGACCCGACCAGGAGAUGUGACACAGACUGUACCGACAGAUGCACCUGCAGAGCUGUUCCUUUUGUCAAGUCCCCAGGGUCCGGUAGGAGUUCUCUUCGAUCAGCGAGGCACAUACACCACAGCCCCAAUGGUGCCCACUCUACCAUUCCAGAGCUUCUCGAGUCAAUUUGCACAGAACAGACAGCUCAUUGCUGGUCUUGGGCAGCAAAUGGCACAGGGGACAAACCAGCUGCAUAAUCAAGUAGCUAACAUGCAGCCAACACCAAUAGGGCAGCCAGUAGCUGUUGGACAGGCUCAAGAUCAUAACCGAGGAUAUGAUCAGAAUCAGAAUCAGAAUCAGAAUCAAAACCAGAACCAGAAUGAUAAUCAGAAUGGAGUGCAGCCAGAAGAAAAUGAUCGGAUGGCCAAUAUCGCCGGACAUUUGUGGCUGAUCUUCAAGCUCGCUGUCUUCGUCUACGUCUUCGCUGGAGGUGGUGGUAUUUACAGGCCUGUAAUGCUAGGUGCUAUUGCUGGGAUUGUCUAUCUGGCACAGAUCGGCAUGUUUGAGGAUCAGAUCAACUACGUGCGUCGCCAUUUUGAGGCUCUUCUUCCUGUUGGCGCUAUGGCCGAACGCGCUGCACAACCCAUCAACCAGCGCCCACGAGGUAACAUAUCGCCCGAGGAAGCAGCAAGGCGAAUACUACAACAAAGACAAGAACAAAGGUUCGCCUGGUUACGCGAGAGCUUGCGUGGAGUCGAGCGCGCUUUCACUCUCUUCAUUGCCAGUCUAUUCCCUGGUGUAGGCGAGAGAAUGGUUCACGCACAGGAAGAGAGAGAGAGACUGGAGAGGGUAGCAGCACGGGAAGAGAGAGAGAGACAGGAGGAGGAAGCGAGGAAGCGAGAAGAAGACGCCAGGGCACAGCAGCAACAGCAGACCGAUGAGAAAGCUAGUGAAGCCAGGGUUGAGAUGGACAGUGAGGUUACUCCAAGCAGCAGUUCAAAGGGCAAGGAGAGGGCUGAGGAGCAACACGUUGAUGGGUCAGCCUCAUCUUCAUGAGGUGUCGAGAGGUAUACUCUCUUUCAUACAUGUUUAUAGGUUUUCUGGUUCCGGUCAUCACAUGGCAUCCUUCUGUACACAUUGCGAGGCGAGCAGAGUCCGUUAGUUAUGAGCGGCAUUCUUUGACAUGCCCUGCCAAGGAAUUUCAUCAAGUAUUUACCAAGUACAUACCGGAAGCUAGACAUGACAUGAUGCACUAAACAAGCCUUUUUGCAUCACUAAUUCCCCUCCCAUCUA